GUUUUAAGAGAUGACGGCUACACAUAAAGCUUUUAUGUUUAAAAACUUAAGGUAAUGAAGCAACAAUGUGAUGAUGGUUUACACUUUCAUUGUCAUUUCCAAAGACGCCGAUUUAUUCUAACUUGGAUUUUAAUAUUUUGAAGAAAAAUUAUGAAAGUGUCGAUUUCAAUUUUAUGUUGAUUGUUUAUCAUUAAUCCAAGACGCACCAAUUCUGUAGAAGAAAGGAGAGUUAAUACGGAAGAAAAAAUAUAGAUAUUAUGUUAAUAGGGCACCAAUAGCCGUGGAGACUGACUCACGUAGCGAAGAUACACUAAAAGGAGAGCGCUAGGCAAUAGUCUGCUAAGUAGGCUCAGGAGAUGCCAGUAUUGUACGAGACCAUGGGACACACAUUAUGGCAGCAAACGCGCACCAGAGCGGUGUUAGAGUUUUACUUCGCGAAUUUUUAAAAUAAGAUCUUCUGUUUUCAUCCUUUGUACAGCUAAACGAUUUGUAUGCAAUUUUUGUGUUCCGGAUAUUCAGUGAUGAGAAGAAAAUGAAGAACAUGUCACAGUUGCUGGAUGUUUUGGUGCUUUUUAAUCGCGACAAAGUUUCGAGUCUUUAUACUCUAGCGGAUGGACCGUGUACUCCGCUUAAUCGGAUAAACUGUCUUUAAUACAUUGACAAAUGGAAAUACGAGAUGUCAGCCAGGUACGCCUGCUAGAUGGCUGGACGUCAACUGAUACCUCCAGCCGAAGGGUCAAAGGGGUCAAAGACCAGGGUACGCGUCAUAAUAGACCCCCACAGGAACCACGCUACGCCAAGGACGAUCUAACUCUUGUCAGCCCUCCGUAUUCAAAAUACCUGUGUCGGACUAACCAGGACGGCCGCUGUGGGACCUGCUGGAGUAGGGACCAAGAGAAACUCGUCCAAUCUCAAUACCCCUCCCACCACGAAGAUAGUGGCGAUAAUAUACUCUGCUAUAGCCGUAGUGAUCCGACUAGUUCUCUAGCUGGGUAUUCCCCAACAACCGGUUGUGUUACCACCUUUCCAUAUACUAAUAAUACGCCUCAGCCUCCCAGUCACGCCUGGAGCCACCCGUGUAAUUGUCAAAGUCAAGCACUGUGUUGGUGUGGUAGUAGAAUUAAAAUGUUCCGGACGUUAGGGAGAAUGCUAUUUUUGUGUGUACUUGUAACGUGUUUUGUGUACAUUGUUGGAUUAAAAAAAGCGAAGUUACCGCCAGAUAGUGGAAAUUCCGAGGAUGGAGAUAGGCCGGCUAGUGUACGUCUCGGAGGACCUGACCGUCUGCUGCUGGAACCCAACAUAUACAAACCAAUUGCUUUAGAAGAAUUCGAAAGAAAUAUACUAGACUUGAGGACGCAUUAUGACGUCAUACGAAUGUUUCUUGUAAAUAGGAGCCUAUCAGACGACGCUAUCACGAAACUGAUUGAUAAAGAAGAGAAUUCUGACGUCAUUGAUGACGUAGGAUCACAAAAGAGAGACUAUGAUUAUUAUAACGACGAAUGGGAUUAUAAUGAUGAAGAGCGCGUAGUGAUGCAGAAAGCCUUGGACCAUUAUGAGGAGAUAAAGACGGGACCAUUAGGCGAGUGCAGUCAACCCCGUCCGGAAAUAGUACGGGUCAGAGAUUUCACGGGAGACGCCCACAAAAUGUAUAUCCCGAAAUUUACAGUGAUACACAAAUGUCGAAAUGUGACAGGAUGCUGUUGGUUUGAUUCUCAAGAAUGUCGUCCGCUUAAUGUCCAAAUUGUCUGGAAACCUUUUAUCACGGUAAAUUAUAAUAUGGAUGACGACACGGUAGAAAAAAGCACGGACAGCGUCGAGUGGGUGCUAUUUGAAAAUCACACCCAUUGUUCCUGUCAGAACCUCAACCCUUUGCCUGAAUGCACAGCCAGAUGUCCACACCCGUUUUUUAUGUCACGGCCUCACCAGGAAUGUAUCUGUGACUGUAAGAAAAACUCGAUACACUGUAACAAGAUCAAGUACGGCAUGGCACCCCUAAAACACAGAGAGUUUGAAUGUGUCAAGCGGAAUGAAUGUAUGCAGCCGUCCUGUGCGGGAGGUCGUUUUGACAUGAGAAAGGGAUUUUGUGAAGGAGUUGAAAAUAAUGAUUUGCCUAUACUUCAUCUACUGGAGGAAGAACGUCACAGUCCGAGGUACCCCGGACGUCGGUAGUACUCGCACCUCACACCCCAGAAGUCCGUCUACCUCAUCAUCCAUCUCCGAAAUCCAAGGGUUUUACCUUCGAUACACUUAUCUUUCUACACUCAUGGAAGGUUUUAUUUUUAAAUCCAAGGCUCUAUGUUAGAUAUUUGAUUGGGUAGAUAUAAAAAAAAAAUGACCAAUUGCCUAGACGAUACCAAUCUCUUAAAUGUUGUAAUUCAUAUGUACAAGUAUGCUGUUGUGCGAUUCCAUUUGUCUUUAACAAAGAGACAAAAUAACUAGUCAAGUCGUGUCAAUGUGUCGCGUACGGGGCAUCUAUACACACAAGGGUGCAGUUCAGAUAAGGUAUAUAUAGAGAUAAACCCUUGGAUUCCGAAGAUGCCAAACACCAAUCAUUAGCAUUGUGACAUCGUAUUAUGAAGCAUUUACUAUGUAUGUGUGAUGUCUUGUGGCUUACAGCCUGUUAAAACUCAACAUGUGCUAUAUGUCAAGUCAGUCGAUAUUUAAUAUGAAAUUGUGAUUAUGAAACAUUUAAUUUAUUUCCUGUCAAUAUCAAUCAAAAACAAAAGUAUAGAUUUCUCCUCGUGUUGUUUUUGUUGGAGAAGUAGUUUUGGAACAGUCUUUCAUAGUUGUCUCCCCUGACGAGAUUCAGGAAUUAAAUGACAACAAUGCUUUCUAUUGACAAAUAUGAAAGUGAACUUGCUUUUGUUAUCGCGAUUUAUAGACAAACAUUAACUGGUGUAGGAGAACAUUCAUCAAUUAUUUUAGAGAGUUGUCGUUCACUAACGGUUGACAGUGGGGUUUCUCCAGUUACCUCCCCUUCGUAGGCGAUAUUAGACCCACAAGAUCCCCCCCCCUCCCCCCC